GAAUGAUUGGAGAAAACCCUAAACAAUUUUAUAACACAACCGAAAAGGAUAAAGUACCAAAGGACAAAAUACAAAAAAUUUCUUCAAUUAAACAAUAUAUUUCUUUCUCAAAUAUUUCUGAAAAAAUUUUUACAAAUAGUUUUAAUUUAUCAGAAAAUUGUUUGGAUACUCGAGAUUUACAAGAAUAUUUACAGGCAAUUGAAAUAGACUUUCAUAAAGGUAUUGUUGAAGAUCAAAAUUGGUUUGCACUUUAUUGUUCUUUAGAACAUAUAUUUAGUCCUCGAAUUUGUUUUGCUCGUUUAGAGGCUCCAACAAAUUUUGGACCUUCUCUAAAUUUUGUCAGAUUUAUUUUACUCGUUAUUGGCCCUUUACAACAAAAAGAAACAAAAUCAGCUUUUGAAAUUACUCGAACUUUUGGUACUUUAUUAGCUAAUCCAGAAUUAAGAAAUGAACUUUUAAAUGCAAAUAAUGAAUAUGAAUUUGUUUCUGCAAUUUGUGAAAAAGCUAAAAAUAUUGAAAAUGAGGAGGAAAUUGAGGAAAAGGAAUUGAAGAAAGAGACAAAAACUAAUUUAGUUGAGUCUCCAAAAUGGCAUAUUGGACGUGGCCUUAUCAAAGAUUUUAGACGUCGAUUACCUCAUUACAAAAAUGAUUUUCUUGAUGGAAUUGCAGAUUCUCGUUCUUUUCAAAAAACAAUUAGUUCCGCCGUUUUUCUAUUUUUUAUUGUUCUUCCAACAGCUAUUGCUUUAGGAAUGCUUAAUGAUGAAAAUACACACUCAAAAAUUAAUGUUAAAAAAGUAAUUCUUGGUCAAUGGAUUGGAGGGUUACUUUUUGGUAUAUUUGGAGGGCAACUUUUUUUGGUCAUAUUAACUAGUCCACCUAUUUCUAUUUAUAUUAAAGUAAUUGAAAGAAUCUCUCAUUCAACUAAUUUUGAUUUUUUCCAAAUUUAUUCUGGUAUUGGUUUGUGGUGCUGUUUUUAUUUACUUUUAUUUGCUUUAUUUGAAGCUGCUAAUGUUAUGAAAUAUGCUAAACGAUCAUUAGAAGAAUUAUUUAGUUUAUUUAUUGCCUGUACUUUAACUAUAGAAGCAUUUAAAGCUGCAAAAAGAAUGCUAGACAAAGCCUUUCUUCCCCAUUGCAAUCCUCCUCCUCCACCUCCCCCUUUCGAUCAUCCCCCACCUCCUCCUCCUCAUCCACCACCACCUCCACCACAUCACCCACCUCCACCUCCUCAUUUUGAUCCAUUGAGUUGUGACCGUUCUGUUGGUUUACUCUUUUUAUUAUUAAUGUUUGGAACUGCCUGGCUUGCAUUAACUCUUGCAAACUUUCGAAAAACAAAAUUUUUUGGAAAAUAUAAACGAGAAAUUGUCUCGGAUUAUGCUCUUCCAUUAGCCGUUUGUGCAAUGACUUUAAUUGCAAAUUUUUGGUUUGGCGAUGUUCCAAAGGAAACAUUUAAUUUGGAUGAAAAUACCCCAGCAUUUAAUUUUGGAAAAUUCUGGCUGUUACCUUUAACUGGGCAUUUACUUUGCUGUUUUUUGGGAUUGCCUUUAGCGAUACUUUUUGCUAUGGACCAAAUGCUAGUUACCUCUACUGUAGAUAAUGCUCAGAAUAAUUUAAAGAAAGGCCCAGCUGCAAAUUGGGAUUUUAUGAUUGUUUCAUUAAUUAAUAUCCCCCUAUCUAUAUUUUGCCUUCCUUGGAUGCAUGCAGCUUUACCUCAAUCAUUUCUUCAUUUAAAAGCCCAAGCUGACGUUGAAGAUAAAUUAUUAAAUGGAACAGUUCAGCCAACUAUUGUAAAAAAUCGGGAAUCAAGAUUAGCUACACUUUUGGCACAUUUAUUUAUGGUCCCAACAUAUUUUUUGGCUCUUAAUUAUUUACGGCAUUUUCCAACAUCUGUUUUUAAUGGAGUUUUCCUUUUUCUUGCAUAUUCAAGUACAAUUGGAAAUGAAAUUUGUCAAAGGACUUUGUUACUUUUUACUGAACAGCGUUCCUAUCCACCUACUCAUUAUAUUCGACGCAUUCCUCAAAGAAUUGUGCAUCUAUUUACACUAACUGAAUUAUUUCAAUUGGCUAUAUUACUUAUUAUUGGGCACUUUCCCUGGCCAGUUAUUCGUCUCUUCUUUCCCUUAGCUUUAAUUAUUUUUAUUCCUCUCAGAGCUCUAAUUUUCCCAUGCAUUUUUAAAGUGGAACACUUGGAAAUAAUUGAUGGAGUUCAUUAA